AUUCGGAUUUCAUAUAACUAAUAUUUACACGUGCACGCCUUUGCGGAGCGAGAUCUUUGAGCUAGAACCAGUGCUUUACGUUCAUCUAUAGCGACCAAAAUGACACGGGGAAACCAAAGAGACCUAGCGCGCCAGAAGAACCAGAAGAAACUGUCGGACCAGACCAAGGGAAAACGUACCGAUAAUCUAACUGUGGAGCAGCGCAAGGCUAGGGAUGCUGAGGUGAUGCGUGAGAAACAAAAGAAGAAGGAAGAUGCUGCAGCAGCUGGGACCAGUAAAUAGAGACCGGCCAAUCGACCAUCAGGUAGACAGAUGCAGGCGUGGGUUAAACACAAAAUUGUUAGCGGAUAGUCAGUCGUUGUAUCCCAGGAUCUAGGACCGUCAGCGCCAUUGUACAUGAGUAACAUAAUGAGAAUUUAAUAAAUUUCAACGCUACAACUAUGCAGCUAUUGCUAAACCAAGCAAUAACUAAGCAAUUCCCUGGUCACGCAACACAAACGGUCUCAAUGGAUUUCGAUUUCAAUACCGCCCUGGUUUUCGUUCUCUUUCCUUUUUGCAGUCCGGCUGAACCAUAAUUAAGGAAAUUGAUUAUUUUUCAACAUACCUGAUCAAAUUAUUUACUGUAAUGUAUUUAAUAUAUAAAUUUUCAAAAUAAAACAUAGUAUGCAGCCAAAAA